AAAUAAUCAUAUACAAACUACAUAAAAGGUGUGAUGCACUAACACCACGCCUUAAUGUUCUUCCUUUAUGGAAGAUUUGACCGUGGCAGUGAUUAAUAGUAAAUUAAUUUGUUAUAGAUAUUUAUGGAAUUUGUGUAUAAAAUUAGAGGAAGCUUCCUUAUCAGAUCAAUCAUUGAUCAGUAAUAACGAGAAUCAUAACAACAAAAACGAGAUUUCUUUCCAAUUUAAUGAAGAUACGAUGCAUUAACUAUAGAUGUCUCUAAUUGAAUAUAUAAACACCCUUCUAUCUUCUUUUUUGAUUAAUCUGAGUCUCGAUCUCUCAGAUUCAGAAAGCUCUUUAAUUUCUUUUAUUUUAUUAUUGUGUUCUUUUUUGCGUUGUGUUGUCGGAUUUUCCAUGGCUGCAAAUGGUGGGGAUCUUUCUCCCUCUGAAGGUUCAAGCAUCUCGGGAGGGUCCAAAGGAAAAGCUAUCAGAGAAGUGAUCGAAAACCAGAAGAUGAAGUUGGUUCAAAUCACUCAUGAAGACUCUCUUCAUAAGCCGAAGAUCAAACUGGAUACGUUCAAAUUUGGAUUGAACAUCGCAGGUUGUUCUUCAUCUAAAAUAGACAUCAACAACGACAAAGGAAAAGAUCAUGAACGUCAUUGUCAUCACGAUGAACCUGAUCAUUAUGAUAAAAGAACACAGAAGACUUUCUGCUGCAACUUCUGCAAAAGAGAGUUUUCUUCCUCACAAGCCUUAGGAGGCCAUCAAAAUGCCCACAAACAAGAGCGUGCAAUCGCUAAACAACGACAAGUAGGGAUUAUCUCUGACCAUCAUUUCAGUGUUCUAGGGCGUCACUAUUCUCCACACUUUCCUCAUUAUAGUAAUUACCCCUAUUAUGCUAAUUACCCUCAGAUUAAUUAUGGGUCUUUCAGUUGUAAUAAUAGACCACUUGGGGUUAAAUUGGAGUCCAUGAUUCAUAAGUCGCCUCAGAAGUCUAGUUUUAUACUUAGGCGUGAUCAUCAAACCCCAGGAAGGCUUAGGGCCAGUUCAGGAACUUUGAGGAUUGAAGAAAUUGGUAAUAUCAGUCCUCUGACUCGGCAAUUCGAGCAUAUUUCUUCUUCUUCAGCUGCUUACGAUAGCACAAUUGGUGAUCAACAUAUCAAGGUUUUGCCACAGAAAGCUUUGAAAGAGAAGGACGAUAAUCUUUAUACUUCAGGCCUUGACUUGUCACUUAAGCUUUAA